UGCAAUUUCCAGCAUUCUCACGCAGUUCUGAGCUCUAACACAUCACUAUCGCUGGGAUCGCAUAGAACAGGAACGCCGAAACCAUGCAGAAGAGCACUCUCGGCCUUCUCGCAGCGCGAGCUUUCCAGCUCCUCUUCGCCGUCGUCCUCCUCGGCGUGGGCGUCAGCUUCGUGCGAGACAUCAAUUACGCCCGCCGAGUAUGCGACUUCAACGACAUCAACUGCCAAUUCGGUCGCCUGCCCUCCUCGUCCUAUUUCGCCGCAUUUACUGGUGCCUGGGGACUUCUAGAUGGACUCGUUGGACUCGUGGGAGCCUUUGUCUCUGCUCUGCCAUGGAUUGUCGUGAUCGUCUUUGAUGCUUUGGCUGCGAUCUUCUACAUUGCUGCGGGAAUUAACCUCGCCGUCCUGCGAUCGAACUUUGGCACCUGCGGAGAUCUCUGUACCAAGUGGACCACCACGAUCGCCUUCAGCUUCCUGGGACUCAUCAUCACUGUCGUCAUCAUUCCGCUAGUCUUCUUUGCCCGAAGGCGUGCUUGAGGCAGCACAUCAUCCCUAUGCAUGACCUGUGUGACAAGCGGAGCCAUCGAGGGAACACUUUGAAAUAUUCGAUCUGUUGGACAAGCGGUAUUGGAUCUGGCAAACGCCGUUGGAUACAAAUCAUACAAUGGAUUGGCACCGAACGAGCCCAUAAUCUAUGGCGACUUUGCUGAAAGCACGACAGUCAUAAGGAUUCAGAUGCGAUCCAGUAUGCGCGUUGGGACCGCAGAAUAUGGGUUUGUUCUGAUGAUAACUUAGGCCGAGGCGUAAAGCGCAGAUACCCAAUGUCUAUGAGAAUUACU